GGAGGGGGGGGUCGCCGGGCCCGGAGGAGACGACCCUGCCCCGCGGGAGCGCGCCUGCCCCGCGGGGACCCCCCCCCACCCUUCUAAAAAGCCGUCCACGCGCGCCCCCUCGGAGGGGGCUGGCGGGGGUCUUCCCCUCCCCGCGGAUGGUGCCGGUGCGGGGCGAGGACCCGGCUUUCCAUCCGGUGCCCGGACAUUGGCGAGGCUGGACGGGACGGCACGACGACGCCAUGCGGGAGAAUUACGGCGCUGCGAUGGCGCCGGGCGCACCGCUCGGCAAACCGGAGAUGGCCCCCCACCAAGGUGGUCUCUUGCCAGGCAAGGGGCAGGGGGCAGCGGAGGCCCGGCACACCCCUGAUGCAGAUUCGGGCCCUCCGGGAUUCGAACCGGCCGCUAAGAGGGACCAGCGGUUCCAGGAGGCAGCAGAGAGGCCCGUUGGGCCCGAAGAUCCAAAGGAUCCAACCAAGAGCUGUCCAGGAGACUGGCUGAUCCGGACGGUGAAGGUGGAAGCUGAUGACUACGCGGAGUGGCCGGCCGGGCUGAGCACGGAGGCGAUGCUGUCUGGACUGCCCCUGGCCAGCGCCUGCAAGUCGGAAGGCCGCAUCCCCGGAUCGGAGUACAAGGACAGAGCCGGGCUGGGAGAACUUUCCGGACUGGCCUUGCAACAAUGGCAAAUGUUGAGUGAGGACAAGUCGCUGGGCUGCCCCCGCUGCGAGCAUCCCGCCGCCCCGCUCGGCGGCAGCCUCGGGGACCCCCGCCCGCGCCCCUUCGCCUGCCUGCAGUGCGGCAAGGCCUUUGGCAAGAAGGCCCACCUGACGCGCCACGCCCGGGUCCACACUGGCGAGCGCCCUUUCGCCUGCACCCACUGCGGCCGGCGUUUCUCCCAAAAGAUCCAUCUGGGCUCCCACGAGCGGGUGCACACCGGCGAGCGCCCCUUCCCUUGCGACCGGUGCCCCAAGAGCUUCCGCAAGAAGACCCACCUGGUGCGCCACCAACUCCCGCAUACUGGCGAGCGGCCCCACGCCUGCGCGCUCUGCCCCCGCAGCUUCGUUCAUCGCCGGCACCUGCUGCGCCACCAACGGCUGCACGAAGAGGAGGCGGCCCGCGUUGGAGAGCUGGCGGCGCUGGGCCCGGUCGCCCCGUCGUGUGGGAACAGCCUCGAGCUCGGCGCGGCGGGGAACGUGCCCCUCUCUGGAGACACCCUGGCGUCCGCCUCCGCUGUCCUGGGACAGAGCUGUAGGGUUCAGGGCGACCACGCACCAGUCAGCUUCCCGUACGGGCCUGGGAUGGAGCUGGCGAAGUACCCCCCUUCCUGUGGAGGGCACACGGAGCCCAAUCAGGGGCCCCUCCUUUUUAAGGCAGAGUCUGAACCGGAGGUGGGUGGGAACCCGGGCGCGGAGCGGGAGGACCGGCCCAUGGGAGAACCCUUUCUGGACCCGGCAGGUUGUAGAGCCCUCUGCGGGGUGCCGAUCUCGGACGGUCCCCCGUAUCUGGAGCAAGUGGGCAAGGUGGAAUCCGAGGAGGAUGCGGGGGCCAGUCAGCAACUGGAAGAGAAGCCGUUCCUGUGUUCCGAUUGCGGGAAAGCCUUCGCCUGGCGGAAGAACCUGGCGUCCCACCAGCGGCUGCACGCCGAGGGGGGACGCCCCUUCUCCUGCGCCGAAUGCGGCCGGGGUUUCAGCGACAAGCGUCACCUGACAGCCCAUCUGCGCGGUCACAUGGGCCUGCUGCCCUACGCCUGUCCCCACUGCGAGCGCAGCUUUGCCCACCGGGCCGGGCUGGCCGCCCACCAGUGUGGGGGCCACACGGGGCAGCGCCCCUUCCCCUGCAAUGAGUGCGGCCGUUGCUUCGCCCACAAACGCCACCUGCAGAGACACUGGCGCAACCAGCACUCGGCCGAGCGCCCCUUCGCCUGCGCCCAGUGCGGGCGCGCCUUCAGCACCCGAACCAGCCUGCUGGCGCACGUCAAAUCCCACGCCGGGCAGCGCCCCUUCGCCUGCCCUCUGUGCGGGCGCGCUUUCAGCCGCAAGUCACACCUGGCCCGCCACGAGGCCGUCCACACGGGGCUGCGCCCCCACGCCUGCACCCAGUGUCCCCGGCGUUUCAGCUCCAAGACCAACCUGGUGCGGCACCAGGCGGUCCACACCGGUCUGCGCCCGUACAUCUGCACCCACUGCGCCCGCAGCUUCAGCCGCAAGACCCAUCUCUUGCGCCACGAGCGCACCCACACCAGCGCACCCUUGCCCACCUCCACCGCGUGGGUGACCGCCUUGCCGCAGAAUUCCUUGCUGCAGCCGAUCGAGCAGCGCCCGCCUCUCCUGUUACCCAUGGCUCUGGAGUCUCCCUGGCAGUGAGGAACACCCCCAGCCCCCCAAAUCUUCCCCGUUUUAUGCUGUCGUCAAUGUAGCUUGAGGUGCCCUCUGUCCUUCCGAAAAACGGCACAUCUUGCGAGCUGAAAAUGACAUUUUGAUAUCCGGGCAAUUGACAACAUUUCGACCUUAAGUUCACGUUUUCUAACUUUGUGCAGACUGGCGGGGUGAGUAGGGAGAGAGGGUGACCCUGUGCGAGUGGCCAGCGAGAGCGCUCACUCCCCCGCAGCUCCAUGUGAGCGAGCGACGGGCACGCACUCCUGCACGCCGCUCGGGCAAACGCUGCACGCUCUCGCCCGCUGCUCAUCCAUCACUUCUGCAGGACCGUUCUUCACUGCAGCGGGCGGUUCACACCGGACUGCGCCGGUACAUCUGUACCCAUCACCGCUUCAGCCACAAGACCCACCUCUGGCACCACGAGGGCACCGAUUGGGUGACUGGCACGACGAGCGGGGAGAAGGGAUGGCCCCGUACAAGUGCAUGCAGCUCCAUUUGAGCAAGUGGCCGGUACUUGUGCACGCCGCUUGCAGAAAUGGUGCGCACGCUCUCACCCGCUGCUCGUCUACCACUGCAGCCAAACUUUCCAAACUGCCCCAGGUGGUUCAUACCAGGCUGCGCCUGUACAUCUGCACCCACUGCGCCCGUAGCUUUGGCCGCAAGACCCACCUGUGGCGUCACGAGCGCACCCCACACCAGUGUUCCCCUGACCAGCACAGGGAGAAGGGAUGGUCCCGUACGAGUGCAUGCAGCUCCGUUUGAGCGAGCGGCAGGCACUCGUGCACGCUGCUCGCGCAAAUGGUGCGCACGCUCUCACCCACUGCAGCCCCUUCCCAAACUGCACCGGGUGGUUCAUCCCAGGCUGUGCCUGUACAUCUGCACCCACUGCGCCCGUAGCUUUGGCCGCAAGACCCACCUGUGGCGCCACGAGCGCACCCCACACCAGUGUUCCCCUGACCAGCACAGGGAGAAGGGAUGGUCCCGUACGAGUGCAUGCAGCUCCGUUUGAGCGAGCGGCAGGCACUCGUGCACGCCGCUCGCGCAAAUGGUGUGCGCGCUCUCACCCACUGCAGCCCCGUCCCAAACUGCACCAGGCGGUUCAUCCCAGGCUGCGCCUGUACAUCUGCAUCCACUGCGCCCGUAGCUUUGGCCGCAAGACCCACCUGUGGCGCCACGAGCGCACCCCACACCAGUGUUCCUGAUUGGCACGGCGAGCGGGGAGACGGGAUGGUCCCGUACGAGUGCGUGCAGCUCUGUUUGAGCGUGCGGCAGGCACUCGCGCACGCCGCUCGCGCAAAUGGUGUGCGCGCGCUCGUCCGCUGCUUCUGCGGCCUGGUUCAUGGGCCCCCUCGGGCUGCAGCCCACAGGUUGGCGACCGGAGCUAGACCUAAUUUAUUCCGAUUAUCCCGUCUCGGAAGGCCUGCUUCUUGUUCUUUUCAAGGUGUCUUCAGUUGUGGCCAAUAUGCACCCCGAUCCCUGUUACAACUGUCGCAAAGACACACAACGCUUUUUUUUUUUUUUUUUUUUGGUGAAAGACCGUGAUCCGCAGAGCCUCCGAAGGGCCCAGACAUGGGUGGGGGGGGCCCGCGUGAGCCUCAAUCUCUUUUUUUGGGCAAAACAUCAAAUUAUUGGGCUGACUUUGGUUUUAAAUGAUAACGGAAACGCUGGUGGGUUUUUUUGGGGGGGCGGGGGGAAAAAAGGGUAGACAAAUCAUUUUAGUAGCGUCCUAAAGGCAAAAAAAUAAAUAAAUAAAUUACGUUUUGUAAUCCUUUCUCUGAUAUAAACAAUAAAAGAAAAAAAAACUUGA